UUAAACACGGCAAGGAUAUUUUGGGUAAAUAAACGUAAGAAAAUUAAUGGAAGCAAAUGGAAAUACUAGAAGAAAAGGAAAAGGAAGAGAAAAAGCAAGUACGAACAGUUUUGUUUUUAGCAAAUCCCAUCUGUUAUCUAUAUAUAGGCUGCCAUGUAUAGAAGCACAAAAUCUUUAUUUAUUGGGUUUAUUUAGAGAGGGGGAGAGAGGAAGGGAGAAAGAGGAGGAUGAAGCAAUUGGGUAUAGCUCUGUUUGUUCUUAUUUUGAUGCAAAAGCAUGGGAUUUUCCGUUUCCUACAUGUUGAAGCAGACGAUGGGUUUGUGAAAACCAGAGGGGUGCAGCUUAUGUUGAAUGGGAGUCCCUUCUAUGCAAAUGGGUUCAACGCCUACUGGCUAAUGUACACGGCCACUGACCCAUCUGAGAGAUACAAAGUCUCAUCUGCCUUCCAAGAAGCCUCAAAGCGUGGCCUAACCAUAGGAAGAACCUGGGCUUUCAGUGAUGGCGGAUAUAGGCCUCUCCAGUCCUCUCCUGGCUCCUACAACGAGCAAACCUUCCAGGGGCUGGAUUUUGCAAUAUCUGAAGCAGGAAAACAUGGGAUUAAGCUAGUGUUGAGUUUGGUGGAUAACUAUGAGAAUUAUGGAGGAAAGAAACAGUACGUGGAGUGGGCAAGAAGUCAGGGCCAGUCUAUAACAUCUGAGGAUGAUUUCUUCACCAAUUCUUUAGUGAAGGGGUUCUUCAAGAAUCAUAUCAAGACCGUUCUUACAAGACGCAACAGCCUGAGUGGAAUUGCUUACAAAGAUGACCCAACCAUAAUGGCCUGGGAGCUUAUGAACGAGCCAAGAUGCAAUUCGGAUCCAUCAGGAAAGACCAUUCAGGCCUGGAUUACUGAAAUGGCAUCUUACCUGAAAUCCAUUGAUGGAAAUCACUUGCUUGAAGCUGGUCUGGAAGGGUUUUAUGGAGAAUCAAAGCGGUCAUCGAAUCCUAACGGAUAUCAAGAAGGAUCAGAUUUCAUUACAAACAAUCAAAUCCCGGACAUCGACUUUGCUACAGUUCACUCAUAUCCCGAUCAAUGGAUAACCGGCUCCAGUGAAGAAACCCAACUUUCAUUUUUGAACAGUUGGCUCAACGAUCAUAUACAAGAUGCGCAGAAUGUCCUUCGCAAGCCAGUUCUCUUUGCUGAGUUUGGAAAAUCUACGAAGAGUUCUGGUAUUGAUGAAAGGGACCGGCUAUUCAACACAGUUUACUCAAAAAUCUAUUCAUCCGCUAGUGGCGGAGGUGCCGCCGUCGGUGGCUUGUUCUGGCAACUCCUAGCCGAAGGAAUGGACAAUUUCCGAGAUGGGUAUGAAGUUAUCCUCAGUGAGAACUCCUCAACGGCUAGUUUGAUUACUCAAGAGUCUCAAAAGCUUGUUCGGAUUCGAAAGAUGUAUGUCAGGCUGAGAAACAUUGAGAGGUGGAAGAGGGCCAGAGGUAUCAGACGUGGAGACACGGACAAAAAUCAUGGAAAUUGAGAAAGAGUCCCAACAAUAUUAUAUAUAGUUAAAGAUUAGCAAGAUUAUAAAUUUAUGUGUUCAGCAAUAUAUAAUUCUUAACCCCCAAAUUAUCUUACCAUUACUUUGUUCCUUAAUUUUACAUCUCCUCCCUUUCAAAGAAGAGGUCUAUACCCACUCUUAAGUGUGAGAUUUGUAACAAAUUAUAAAAUUAUAUGGAAUAAGGGCACUUAUUAUAGUUUGAAAAAAUCAAAAUACAUGGAUUAUUUCUUAGAAA